AUGAAUUCACUCACCCCCGCCAACUCGUCCGCAUUCUAUUUCACUUUCGACCACGAGCAGUCCAAAUGGAUUUUUGCCAAGGACAACUGGAUGGAAUCUACUUUCGCUACAACAAUUGUGUUAUUCGGCAUUGGUUAUGUCUUCUAUCGACGAAUUUGGUCCAAGAGUGCUACGACGACUAUCCCCGUCAUCAACAGCUCCCUUCCAUGGAUUGGAAGCGCACUCGAUUUUGUCCGUGCGCCCACCAAUUUUCUACGCGAGUGCAGGCAACAAUACGGUUCUGCCUAUAGAAUUCAUGCUACUGGCCGUACAAUCCUGGUCAUCACAUCUCCGAAGGCCAUCUUGACCAUGCUCUCUCAUAAGGCCACAGAUUUCGAGAUAGUGGACUACCUGAAUCUUCAUGUCAUUUCGGGAAUUGACACAGCGCGUAUGCCAAAAAUUUGGCCAGCUAUCCUCGACUUUUUCAAGGCUUCACAUGCUCUAUUCAAUCCUGCUCAUUCCCAACCUCUUGUAUACGCUUACAACAACAUCGUUGCCCAGAAUUUUCUUAGGAUCACUGCCGACGAAAAUCAUUCUGCUCAGAGUCUAGAUGAUUUCGUUUUUCGCAUCAACCACUUUGCUGUAUACGGCAUGUUCAUGGGAACGCAGUUUAACACCAAGCCAAAAACAUACAACAGCUGGAGGGCGUACGAUAGCGGAGUCCAUAAUAUCAUCCGUCGACUUCCUUUCUUGUCUCGUGGUGCCAUCCGAGGACGGGAGGAUGUGUUAGAAACAGUGUCCGAAUACGUGCGACAGAACUGGGUGGAUUCCGACGACGGAGGAUACAUCCAUGGAGCCUCAGAAAUAAUGUCAGUUGUGGCUCAGAAACUCAAAGAUUCUCCCGCGACGGAGGAAGAAAUCGCCCGAGUCAUCAAUUACCUACUUUGGGGCACCGCUGGAAACAUCGCUCGUCUCAUCAACUGGGUCAUGCGCUACAUCAUAGUGUAUUCCGAUGUGUAUGCCUCCAUACAGGAGGAGAUCCGUCAAGUAAUGGCAAAGAAAUACCUCCAAGCCGACCAAUUGACGCAGUUAGAUCCACGUACACUUGGCGCUGAUUUCCCCCUCCUUAGCUCAACAGUCAACGAAGUAAUUCGUCUCUUGACCCAGACUGUUCUACUCCGUCGAGCUUCUGUGGAUACUGUACUUUUGGAGGAUGAUGGGCGUGUCAUCCCCAUCUCUAAAGGGGAUUAUAUCUUAGCCGAUACCCAGGGAUACCACCACAGUGAAGACUAUUUCGAUGACGCUUAUCGAUUCAAGCCCGAUCGUUAUACCCAAGAGCAGGCUCCUAGCCGCUCACUUGCGUUCAGCGCAGGCCCCCACAUUUGCUCCGGAGAAUUUUUGGCCAAGACAACAACCCGGAUGUUUGUGGUACUCUGCCUAGCUAUGUACGACGUCGAAGUCAAGUUUGAAAAGGGCGUUACCUCUGCUUUGGAAAUUCUCCCAAACAGUUUCCUUCAACUACCCCUUCCUAAAUACGAGGCAGACAUAACUCUUAGACGUCGUGUAGCUUCCUAA